GUAGUUCCUUCUAAACGAUAGUCUCUGCUGGGAUGGCGCCAGUUGUCGAGCAGAAACCGUCCUCUUACGUCUGCGACCUCAGUCACGCCAGUAGUUGAACAACUAGUGCGUUGAUACAUACGGUAAAGACGAAAGUGGGUGUGACCCGUAUGUACCCGUCAUUUAAGCCACAUCGAGCGCCCGGCAGCAAGAACGCGAGUGUACACCAACGGUGUACCCUGCAGAGCCUUUCGAUGCUAACACGGAUGCCGCUAUUCUUCGGAAGGCGAUGAAAGGCUUUGGAACCGACGAGAAGGCCAUCAUCGACGUCCUCACUAAACGUGGAAUAGUUCAACGACUUGAUAUUGCUGAGGCUUAUAAAUCCCUUUACGGAAAAGAUCUGAUUAGCGACCUCAAGAGCGAGCUUACUGGAAAACUGGAGGACGUGAUUGUCGCUCUUAUGACUCCUCUGCCGCAUUACUACGCCAAAGAAUUGCACGAUGCCAUUUCCGGUUUAGGAACCGACGAGGAAGCAAUUGUCGAGAUCCUUUGCACAUUGAGCAACUAUGGCAUCAGAACUAUCGCCGCAUUCUACGAGAAUCUCUAUGGAAAAACUCUCGAAAGCGACUUGAAAGGCGAUACUUCCGGGCAUUUCAAAAGAUUGCUCGUUUCGCUCUGCCAAGGGAACAGGGACGAGAAUCAAGGCGUGGAUCAGGCCCAAGCCAUCGCCGACGCUCAGGCGCUCUACGAAGCAGGUGAAAAGCAGUGGGGAACUGAUGAGUCACAAUUUAAUGCAAUCUUAGUGACUCGCAGUUAUCAACAAUUGCGACAAACUUUCAUCGAAUACGAAAAGAUUUCCGGUCACGAUAUUGAGGUCUCUAUUAAAAAGGAAUUUUCAGGAAGCAUUGAGAAGGGUCUCCUUGGAAUUGUCAAAUGUGUUAAGUCCAAAGUCGGAUAUUUCGCUGAACGUCUUUACUCAAGUAUGCACGGAAUUGGUACCAAGGAUAAAACUCUCAUCCGUAUCAUAGUGUCUCGUAGUGAGAUUGACCUUGGUGAUAUCAAAAAAGCCUUCGAGGAGCGUUAUGGAAAAUCUCUCGAAAGCUGGAUCGCUGGCGACACAUCUGGCGAUUACAAGAAGGCACUACUUUCUCUCGUUUCGACAUAAACUUAAUAAAAAUGCACUCUCUUAUCCUAACGCUACUCUGAGCUUUGAAUUGUGCAUUUGUUACUCUAUAUCUUCUUGUCGUAUAAUUUCUAAAUUAUUACCGUUCGAUUUAAAGACUUACUGAUUUCUCAUUUGACUUAAUUUAUACCCGAUACAGUUAUCAUAUUGCAACAGUGUUACUGCCACUUAAAAAUAUGGGAGAGCUUUGCAGACAAAUAAUAUUAAUAAUUCGUAGCUACUGCGACAAAUCAAUUUCAGUAUAUGAAGAUACAAGAAUCUCAUGACACUGAUAUCUCGAAUGUGUUUGUAGAGAAGUCACUAGAAAUGAUGUUAAACAUAUUAAGAAAUGUUGGAAGUUGCUUGUUGUGUGUUACUGUAGAUGCUUCAAACUUUUAUGUGUUUUUUACUUUGACGUUAUAUUGCGCUGAAGGAACUCAUACGUGACACGACUAAUCUCAAACUAAAAACUCUUUUGGUCAAUUCCUACGGGAAAACCAUGGUGAAUUUUGUAUAGAAGAAGUCAGUAAAUUUUUAUACGCUUUGUCAUGAAUGCUCGCGCUUCUCUGCGCUCCGUCAUGUCUGUCGCAUGAUAUGCAAUGUGUGUUUACACUUAUCCAGCUUAGAGCAGAGUGGAUACUUUUUUACGAUAAUAUAUUAUUUUUGUAAUCUAUUUACACUUUUGCAUAAUUUAGUACAGUAUAUUUUCUACACGCGAAUGAUGAAAUACCGAGCGAAGAUUUGCCUCGUCGAGUCUCUUGUUCUUAGAUGCGGGCUUGUUCCUUAUUAUACAUACAUGCAUUCUUCGGCAUGUAUACAAAAAAGAUUGAUGUCUAACCCAAUGAAAUCUAAUGACACAGAGGGAAGAAUUUAUUGUAUGCUAGCUCAUGUACACGUUGUUGUUUGUCAAUUUAAGAGGCAUUUUAUUAUUUUGUUAACACAUGUAUAACUUACUGUUAGGCUAUACUAUUGUUCACAGCGCCGAUGUAUGACAUCUAUGAAUGCAAAUAAAGGAAAAGGCCAGAGGACUCAAUUGAAAAAGAGCGGCUCUGAUUUCAAUGAGGAGUUCAAUAGCAAAGUCCUUUUCUCAGUUCUUCUCUCUUCUUUAUUUCAUUAUGAUUUCAGGACGAUACCUCUGGAGAUUAUAAGCGGACGUUAGUUUCCCUGGUAACCGGAUAACUAACCUCAUCACAGAAACCAACGGUGCUAACUGAAUCUGUUAUUACGAGUAAAAUUAGGCAUGGAUGUGACUCUCUCCUUAAUCGCUGUCCGCGAUGAUUCCAUCAGGAGUAAUCUAAAAUUUGUGAAAAAUGGUUUUAAAUAAGAAAUAAUCGAUAAUUAUGCAUUUAAGAUA